ACAUUCUCUUGCUUAAAAAAAUUCAAUCUUCCGAAAAUUUCCAUUCCUUGCAAUAUUAAUAUAACAAACGCUUAUUAAUUAAGAAGAAAAAAAUGGUAUUUUUUACUUGCAACCAUUGCGGCGAAUCGGUCAAAAAGCCAUCGGUGGAAAAACACUACAAUACCAAAUGUCGCAGUCGUGACAAGAGUGUCUCCUGCAUGGAUUGUCAAAAGGAUUUCCAUGGCGAAGAGUAUGUGGCUCACACCAAAUGUAUAUCAGAGUUGGAGAAGUAUUCCGGCAAGAAUUUUGUUGCCCGUGAAUCGCAAAAUAGUGGUCAAAAGAAACAGGAAACCUGGAUGGAUAUAGUGCGCUCAAUUUUGGAAUCCCAAGAAUACAAUUUGUCAGCACAAACCCGCAACAUUUUUCAGCGUUUACAAAGCUAUGACAAUGUACCAAGGAAAAAGGCGAAAUUCCAAAACUUUGUGGCCAAUUGCAUGAGAAUCCCCGCCAAGCAGGCCGAACCUGUAUGGGCAGUACUGGAAAAGGAAUUGGAAAACAUGAAAAAAUUAAAACAACAAGAAAUGGCUGCAGCGAAAAAGGCUCAAGAGGAAGCCAAAAAUGCCAAAGAAGCUCCCAAGCAGCAAAAUGGGGUUAAACGCAAGGCUGAAGAGGAGGAGGAGGAGGGGGUCACAAAUGGUGUGGAGAAAAAGAAGAAGAAAAAGAAAACUUCAACGGAAACAGAAACAGAAAAGCCUGAGGAAAAUGGAAAUGGCUUGUCAGAGCCCACCGAAGAAAGUGAGGAAUUCCAAUGGUCCACUGUUUUGGAGAAAAUUGUGGCCAAGAAUGCCGAAGGUAUUACUAUGGACAAACUGAAAAAGAAGCUGCUUAAGAAAUACAAAUCCAAGUUGUCUCUAGAGGAGCUAACAGAGAAGCAGCAAAAGAAAUUUGAAAAGAAAUUCGCCAAGACCUUAAAAAAAUGUCCAGCCAUACAAGUGGAUAAUGAAAUAGCCAAACCCUGUUAAUAGUUGCUAAGUUUUAAAAUUAAGAAAUUAGAAUAAUUGAGAGAUUUAUAUUUUUUACAAUAUAUUGAAGAACAAAACCGCAAAAGCAAAUUUUUCGACUUACUGUUGCCGGCAAAAAGAUGGCCUUCAAGUUUACAAGAAUGCAACCACAAUAAUUCGUGCAAUGCUAGUAUGUAAAGCCAGCAAAUUGUCCAUGGCUUCCUAUAACUGGAAGUUUUCAUUAUUUCAAAAAGCCAUCGUUUUUGCUAUAAAAGUUCUUUGAGAUGUUUGUUUAGACCAACAGUUCUCAUCUUCAAGUCUUCACUACAGUAGCUUAAAUCAUAUCUAGACACUGCAAUGGCUUUGCUUUAUACCAAACUUGUCUGCGCCUUGUUGCUUAUCUUUGUAACAUACGCUGCAGCUGCACCUGGACAUUUGCAUCACCAUACAGUUGCUGUGGUGGAACAUCAUCCUGUGGUGGUACACAAACCUGUUAUCGUUCACAAGCCAGUUGUUGUUCACAAACCAGUGGUGGUCCACAAAGCCGUAGUGGUUCAUGAACCUGUUGUGGUGCAUCAUCCAAUUCAUAUUCCCAUCCAUCAUCCAAUUCAUUUUCAUCAUCCAUAUCAUCAUCAUCACCAUCACUUGCAUCAUUGAAGCCCUCUAAUGGAUGCCAAGAACUUUUGAUGACGAAACACCCAAAGGACUAUGGUAUUGUCUACGAACACCGAAAAAGUUUUAUGAAAGAAUCGAUUUUUAAAAAUUUUACAUAUAU